AUUCGCUGCACUGAUUAAAAAUACCUUCACCGGAUCUUUUGGAAUUGUCGUUGAGUUAAAUUUGCCCCUAAUGAAUAUCACCGCGGUCCAGAUUAUGGCUGAAACAAAUUCAAUCCAAGACACUGUCAAAAACAUUAUGUUCACUGGCGCCCAAUUGGUCCAUCUUUUUUUUGACUGCUACAUGUCUUAAAGACUGACGGAUAUGAGCUCCCAUAUCCAUGAUUGCAUAACAAGAGCGAAGUGGUACGAAAUCUCGGCGAGGUCAAGAAAGUUACUGAUUUUGAUGACACUUAGAAGCCAAGUUCCCUGUAAAUUGACAGCGGCUAAAAUUAUGGAUUUAUCUAUAGAAAGUUUUGGCGUGGUAAAAAUUGAAUCAUACUAUAUUAUUUUUUUUCAAAAGUCCAACGAAUCAUUGCCAGUGAGAUUUUGCGUUCGAAUAGAAUAUGUAAUCAUUAAUGAAGAAAAAUAUUAUUGGUUGCUUUUCAGCUUAUCUAGCAUUUGCGUAAUUUUUAUUAUCAUGGUUAUCAUUUGUUGCGAUAUUAUGUUCAUCAGUCUUGUACAGCACGUCUGUGGGAUUUUUGCAGUCAUCGGAUUUCGUAUAGAAAAUUCGCCCACUGUUGACCUUUCCCGCGAAACGCUCACUGGACCAAGAUUUAGAACCAACUCACAGGAUAUUCAUUACAAACAUUUUGUUUCAUGCAUCCGUGACCACCGACGAGCAUUAGAAUUCGCGGAUCUUAUUGAAGCUACUUUUACUGGAUGCUUCGGUAUCGUCGUUGGCUUAAAUUUGCAACUAAUGAGCAUCACUGCAGUUCAGGAUCAAAAAUUGAAUUCAUUACAUAUAAUGACGCAAUCGCAAUCGAUUCAAGACACAGUCAAGUACAUCAUGUUCACUUUUGCUCAAAUGAUCCAUCUUUUCUUCGACUGCUACAUGUCCCAGAGGCUGACUGAUAUGAGCGCCUAUAUUCAUCAAUGCAUAGCCAGAGCAAAAUGGUACGAAAAUUCAGCCAGAUCAAGAAAAUUGCUAAUUUUGAUGACACUUAAGAGUCAGAUCCCUUGCAAAUUAACCGCAGGAAAAGUUAUGGAAUUGUCUAUUGAAACUUUUGGAAUGUGUCUGAAAACGGCUGGAUCUUACGUCACGGUACUUCUUUCUAUGCGCUAAUUUUUAUAGUUUUCAUAGAUGAUUAAAUAC